AUGAUUUUUCAGAGGAUGUUCCCAGGUGAUGGAGAAAUACUUCUUCGCAGUCGACUUUAUAUUAUAUGUGGAAUACUUGUACUUAUUCCGAACACUAUUUGUCUGGUUGUCUUUAAUUCCAGUAAGGAUUUUAGACAGAGAUUCGUGUUUUUCACUUUAUUGUCACUUUCGGAUAUGAUAAAUGGAAUUUCAUUCAUAAUGUCGGGCGCAGGAAGAUUGGAUCUAUUGUUAAGAGAUCAAUAUCAUAUUGACACAAGUAGUUCACAAUGCAUGACUGCAUACUUGUGGCCAGUAUUCUUAUUAUUCGGUGGUCAACUACCUGCAACAUUUCACUGUUUGUUAACUGUAGAACGAGUGCUUGCCGUGAACAGAGUGAGCUGGUAUCGGAGCCGUUGGACAUGGAGAAACAGACUUUAUCUGUCAUCAUUUGGAAUUGUUCUCUGUGGACUCCUCACAUUCAUUGCAUUUGUUGUGUCCUUUGCUUCUCCUUCAAUAAACGAUGAUCGAAUGUGUGCAGUAAUGAAUUCAACUGGAAUUGUAUAUGGAACUAUUCAUUAUUGCUGGAUUGCAUGCUCGUACAUGAUAGCUUUUGCAGUUACACUCAACUUAUUUCUACGAUCCCACGGCUCCAAAUUCUUGAAUCACACAGAGAAACGGAAACAAAUGGCUAUUCUAAUUUUAUCCGGUAUUAAUGUAUUGAUGGUCAGUGUGCCUAAUUUUGUGCUGGUUGCUGAUCAGUGGCACUCCGAUGAGUUCGACGUACUUCUUGUUGGUGUUGCCUAUCUUCUCUAUGGUUUCCAAUCUUGUUUCAACCUUCCCAUCUUUUACUUUUUCCGUCUCGAAUUCCGUCGCCGGUGCCACGAACUUCUCCGUUUCCGUCGUAACGGGACAAACACAAUUGUGUCGAACGACAUGAGUCGCCAGAAGCUAUCACGUGUCAAUGCUUCAUUUGUGAACACUGCAAUCUAAAUGUAUUUUUGGGACAAUUUUCCUGAGCUAUUCAAUUUGUAAAAUAUAUUCAUAUGUACAUAGAUGAAUAAAUAAAUCCGUUGAAGAUU